AUGGAGGCGCGUCUGCGCGGCGGCGCCGAGUCCUACGCCGCCAAAGACUACACUGAAGCACUCAAGCAGUUCACCCGAGCCAUGAUUCUCUGCCCUUGCACUCAUGGCGUCAAGCGACCCAGAUGUAUUUGCAAGGACUUCGAGGCCGUCGCGGCAAAGAACGGCUCUAUCCUCCGAGAGGCCCUGUAUCGCUGUGCCUGUGAUGUGGGAAAGGCGUUCAAGAAAUGCAGAAACCCUCUCCAUAUCAAAGCUCUCGACUACCGCGCCGGGACUUUCGAGGCCCUCAAGGCGCUGGACCGGGCCAGGAAGGACGCGGAAUGGAUACUGGAGCUUGCCCCUCGGUUGCCCGACGGCUACCUCCGACUGGGUAAAAUUGCCCGCCUUCAGAAGAAGUCAGACUUUGCUAGGAAGAUCUACGCAAGUGGCAUCGAGGCCAGCGAUCGUGAGGCGCCUGGCGCCGUCAAGAAGCUACAACAACUUCGUGACGCACUGAAGCCACUAGAGGCACGACUUAACAAGCGUGACCCCCUGUGGCUUCCCCUAGAGAUGGCCGUCAUGGUCUUCGCCAACCUCAGCGUGCCUCAACUGACUAAAUGCCUGCAAGUGUCCAAAUCUUGGAAUCAAACCCUGCAAGGCGUAUACUUCAAGAACCUUUGGAGCAGUGUCAUCUUUCCACGGAGCAACUCCCGCCCGCCUGCCAACUGGGCGCUGCACAAGAUCGUCGCGAGGACCCACGGCAGCAUCCGCGAGAUUGAAGUCGUCGACACGCUCUGGUUCCAGCUUACGCCGCAGAAGCUGGACACCUUGCUGCGCAACGCGACUUCGAACCUGGAGCGCCUCGUCGUGGGCCCGCUGCUCAACUAUGACUACUCGUCCGUGGGCUCGCACCGGUUCAAAAAGCUGCGGCAUCUCGCCGCCGUGACUGACAACACAGAUGGUCGGCCCCGCCACGGCAUGGCCCCGAACGUAGGUGUUCUCCCUACUGGGCUCAUCACGGGGAUCGCGCAGACAUUGGUGCACCUCCACCUGCUCGGUAUUCCACAGGACUGGCACAACCUGAAGAUGCCCAUGUUUCCAAAACUAAAGUAUCUACGCCUGGAGCACAAGGAGAAGCUCGCCCAGAACGCGUUCCCAAUCUUCGACAUUGCCCUCAUGACCCCGCAUAUGGAGCAGCUGUCAUUGAAGGGCAUUCACUUGACCAUCGGCCACUUUUGGCAGAUGGAGCCGGCUUGGGAACAGCUCUGGAACAAGCUCAAAGUGUUUGUGUUUGCCUUCCCCCUGGCGGGUCGGCCGUGGCAGCCUCAGGAGACCACCGCGGCCCUGAGCAUGAUGAUGUCCGUCAACCACGGCACCACGUUCGAGCACUUUGACCACGACAUCGCAUUCACCGAAGGAGACCCGUGGUCUCCCGCGAAAGUCAUCACCACUACGUACGACUGGAGCAACUAUACUAAUGGUAACAUCAUCUCUCUCCCCGUCGUGGGACAUGCCAAGUUCCCCAAGAUGCGCGAGUUUCGCGUCCAGUCGCUCGCCCACAUCCCGGACAAGCUCGAGGCGGCCCUGCAGGACGCCAUGGCCAACAGGCACCUGCACACCUUGGACAUUGUCUUCGACCUCGAGGACAUGAACUCCGCGACGGGCACAGAGCACGUCGAGCACCUCAAAAAGUACAACUGGCUGCGCGGGCUCGACUCCAUCCACACGCUGGGCGUGUUCGGGUUCCGCUUCAAGCAGUACCCGCGCAAGGACGAGGACCUGCCCCUGCCGGGCUUCCUCGCGACGUUCCCCAACCUCGAGACGCUGAGUCUCGGCUCCGAGUCGUACGACGACGCAGAAUUCUGCUUCGUCGUCGAGGCCAUCAUGAAGGUGACGCACCUCAAGACGAUUUACCAGCAGAACGUUGGCGGCGCGGCCUGGGACAGGCUCGUCAAGAUUGGGAAGCAGUACGGCGUGCAGAUUAUUCCUGGUCCGCGGCCCAAGGAGUGGCCCGUGAAGCUGGACGAAGACGAUGAAGACGACGAGGAGUAA